AUGGGCGCACGUAGUUUGAAAGUGUUACAAGUGAUUUCUGGGUGGCAAGCCGUAGAAUUGAUUCUAACAUGUGUUUUUGUCGGCAUUUGGCAAAUUAUCGAGAUUUCCGUCAAAAGAUUAUGGAAAGGAUAUCGACGAAAAGUGGAUGAAACUCAACCGGUUGAACUGACCGUGGAUUCGUCUAUUGGAACCCAUUGCUACAUCAAAGUUAUGGGAGUAAAGUACCAUUACGUCGAGACAGGGCCGAGAAGUGGCCAGAAAGUGUUGAUCCUCAAAGACGCCCCAGAUACUGGUAAUCUUUGGGGGCCAAACUGGGCGAAUGUCGUCAGAAGGCUGGCAGAAACUGAUCACCACGUAGUCACCCUGGAUUUGAGGGGCACUGGUGGAAGUGAAGGAGGUUCGAGAAGUGAACUGUCUCCUCCAAGAGCGGUUGAAGAGUUAUCAGCAUUGCUGAAGGCUCUUGGAGUGUCAGAGAACAGACAGGCUGUGGUGAUCGGAUUUGGUAUUGGAGGAAUGCUUACUUGGUACCUAGUCCACACUCGUGGCCCCUUGAUCAGCAAAUUCGCGGUGAUUAACGCUCCUCAUCCGAAUCUCUACUGGCAGUACCCACCUGCCACAUUCUGUCAUCGAGCUCUGCAGUUCAUACAGUGGCCACACUUCCCGGAGCGCUGGUUGGCGGAGGGCGAGCUGAAUGACCGCGAAGGUCGUUGGACCAGCUCCAGAGCUUGCGACUGGACUGGCGCACUUAAUUAUGUUAGAGGAGCAGCCUGGUGGCAAGUGAAGCAAAGUCUUAAAACAUCAGCUCCAGCCCUUCUAAUCGGUAACAAGGACAGUGCAGCACAACUGGUGGCCAGUGCACAGUACUGCACCGCGUCCACACUGCGUCUUGUCACCAAACCCGAACCCAGCAGUAAGGAGGUCACUGAUGUGCUCUUGGAUUUUCUUAUAGAAAAAGAAAAGCUCAUAGAAGAAGUACCAAGAGGUCUGAUGGGUCGCGUGUUUGGUGCAGUAGCCGACAGAGGGCGCGAACUUACAGCUAGAUUAGUCUUACCGCCAACACAAGCGUGA